GAAAGAAAGAAAGAGAAAAAUAGAGUGGAGACUUAGAGAUAGGACAAAAGGGAGGUGGAGACGGAGAGAGGCAGAAGACCAAACGGAAACCGUGGGGUAGCUCGGAGCCUGGCCGCCCCGGCUCAAAUCCCUGCUCUGCCCUGGCCAGGCUGUGUAGCCUGGGGCAAGUUACUUAACCUUUCUGAGAUAUUCCUUCUGCAACAAAAUGGGAGGCAUAAUAGCACCUACUGUAUACACUUGCUGAGAGAACUACUAGAAAGGAUCUAGCCCACAGGACACAUUUAACAGGGGGUAGGAAUUAGUAAUUACAGCACCCACACUGGCAAGAUGGCAGUCCUGAGAGAAAGAGCGCUGGGUGGCCCUGGGGCGCUGCCUGCCCACCUGCUGGUGGGUGCUCACGCUCUCCUGCUUCUGCCUCCCACCCCACCCCCAUGCCGUGGCAUCUGGGGCCCAGGCCCUCUGUGCAGCAGGAGGUGUGUGCAGUGGACAGGGGGCAUGACCCUGGGCCAGGAGGCACAGAAGGAGGACGCAGGCCAGGCGGGCACACCCCUCCACCCUGUCGGUGACUCAGGGCCUUGCACUACUGUGCACUCAUCCCAUAGGAACGUGAAGGCCAGCCCCGAGGAAUUCCCACGGGAGGUCAGGAGGGCAAGUUUGGAGCUGCCUUUUUGCUUUGUAACAUCAGGAAGUUCCUUCUAAAUUCCACCUUCCAUCAUUUCACCAAUGACACACCUCAUUGUGUCUUGAGGGCCCUGGGACAAGGGCCCAGUUCUGCUGUCUGGGAAGCUGGUGAGAAGCCACAGCUUAAGCAUCUCUCCUCCCCCAUGCCCGGAAAAGUAAGGUCAAGGCUUACUGGAGUUGGAAAGGAUUUAGGGUGUAUUGGUCCAUCCACCCCACACGCACGGUCCGUUGCUGCCUGCGGGUGCCGGGCACCCUGGCGCCCGUGUGGCCCGUGCUGCAGAUACGGUGGCGGGGAAGGCAGAGGAGUGCCCUGCCCUCCUGGCGCUGCAGUCCACCGGGGCAGACAGACCUUAAUAAAACAUAAUGACUCGUAGGACGGGAGCUGCGAGGGAGCGUCCACUAACAGAGCCUCGGGGAAACGAGACUCACAGCGCAGCGGUCGCAGGGUAGGGGAUCCAUCAGCCUGGUCAGUCCGUCAGACGUGACGUAUGCCAGAGGCUGUGACCUCCUGGUUUCCUGGGUUCGUCUCACUGCCCCAGAGGAGGCACACUAGUGCCAAGACUGUGCUGGGCUUUGGGGAAGUGUCGAGCCUCUGGAGACUGACGCACGCGCAGUUUGGAGCCAGCUGCAGGGCAGAGGUGGGAGAGAAUACCCGGGUCUCUGUUGCACCGUGGGGGGGUCCGUGGUCACUGUGCUGACAGCCUGCAGGAAGGCCUUGAGGGCAGGGAGACGUGGGUGAGGCUUGCAGUGGGCCUCCUGGUAGAGGCUGGCCUGAGACUGGGGUGUUCUGGGCAGAGGGGGCGGUGUGGUGACAGGUGUGAGGGGCAGCAGCUGUCCAGUGUGAUGGGAGCACAGAGUUGAGGCGGUGAGGCUGGACACCUGGGGAGGCUGGCCCCUGGGGACCCCUUCUUGUGCUAUGGAGAGUCACAGAGGGUGGUAGAGAGGGGCAGUGGCCAGAGCAGGGCUGCACUUUCUGAGAGUAACCUAUGGGUGAUGGUGAGCAGGGUGGGCUGGAGGGGGACCUUCUCCUUAGCCCGUGUCACCCAGGGGUGAGGGUGACCCCCCACUGCUUUGUCCUUCAAGUAGGUUCUGAUCCCACUAUUGUCUUUGGUGGCCAGGCAGCCCUUGGGCAAGUCAUUUUACCUGAGACCUUCCACUGUCUCACCUGCGAAACGGGGAUAACAAUGGCUAGCACCUUGCAGGAUGGUGGCGAGGAACGGGACUGGUACGGGCGCCAGGCUCCAGUAGGUGGGCAGCAGGCGUCUGGUGAAUCAGAAUCCCUGCAGUUUCUCUAUUUCCUGAUGAGUAAACAGGUCGGACCUAGGACCCUCUAGCUUCUGUUUCCUGAGCCACAGAGAACACAAGGCCGGCCCCUCACCCCUGCCCCUUCCCGCCCAGCCUCUGGUGCACGCGCAGGCUUCCUGUCCCUCCAUCCGGCAGACAUGCCUGGCGUGCCGAGGGCCCGGCCUGGCUGGAUGUAGGAGGGGCUCAGUGCCUGUGUGUGCAGUGUGUACAUGUGUGUUCUGUGGAGAGGGAGGGGAACAGUUUUGGGACUGGGAUCUCACUGCUGAUCCUGUCUCAAUGCAAAGAUAGGUUAGGAAGGGGCACAGAGAAACAGACACAGAGAUGGGGAGAGACACGGAAAGGCAAAAAGAGAUACAGGGCAAAACAGCCUUAGAACCAAGUUAAGAUGCAUGCCUUGGUGAGUGGAUCAUGGCUGGAGUUCAGCUUCCACUCCCCACUUGAAGGUGGAUGCCCUCGUGCAGUGAAUGUUAUGCACAACUGUACUGGGUAGCCUUGACAUAGAAAAGGAAAGAGCAGGGCAGAAAGACAGAAACCAAGAAACCGAUGGAGGAAGGAAAAAAGGGCAAAUAGUUUCUGAUGAAGAACAAAAGUCAAAAAGGAAGAGGCAGAAAGCCUGGAAUGUGGGAGAUUCUGAUUCUGCACCAACAUCCACUUAGCCGGCAAUACUGUGAUCCACAGUGGUUCCAACCCUCCCCAAACCCUGGAGAUACUGGGGCCGGCGGGGGAGGGAUUCUCCCAUUUUACAGAUGAGGAGAUGGAGAAUCAGAGGGCUCAUGUGGUAUAUCUGAGGCCACACAGCUUGUAAGUGACAGAGACAGAAACUUUGGACUCCAAGAUGGGAAGGGGGUGGGAGGAGAGAAAGAGAGAGAGAGAGAGAGUGAGAGAGAGAGAGAGAGAGAGAGAGAGAGAGAGAGAGAGAGAGAGAAAGGCUGAGCAGAGAGGAGGGGCAGUGGAACCAAGCAAGGAGCUGGAGUUGGUGCUCAGGCCAGGGGUUGGGGAAUCCAGGCAUCCUGCCUUGUCAACUGCCUCUGGCUUGAAGAAGUACCUGGCGGACAGCCCAUCAUUCUGGGGGAUCAGGUUCUCCGGGGAGCCUGGCCCCCUCCCACCUCCACUUCCUUUCUCUCUGUCAGCAUUUGCGGCCCCCAUUCCCAUUCCCGGAUCAUCCUGGGGGUUCUUCAGAAAAAACAAGAAACAGUUUUUCCUGGAAUUAAUACCCAAAGGGCAUGACAGCGCCAAGGGGAGGGGGAGGGGGCCACCUUGGGUGCAGGAGGAGGAGUGGGACUGCCGGACCGUAUUAUGUGCAGACUCCAGGCACUUUAUCUAUAUUAACUCAUUUAGUCUGCACAACAACCCUACAAGGGAAGUACCGUCAUCAUCCCCAUUUCAUAGAUGAGGGAAUGGAGAGCUGGGGUUCACACCCAGGGCUGAACUUGGACAGCGCUGGGAGGUGCAGAGCUCAGGGGUUAUCCUAAGCUGCUACUUCCCAGAGAAGCAGGAAGGGAGCUGGUGGGGAAGUCCCUCCUGCUGUCUCACUUCCAUCACCCCCACUCUCACUCUGCGCUUUCUAUAGAAAUGGAUCCUCUCCUGCCCACCAGGAACUCCAACGCCCCGCACACGCUCCCAGGGCCCCACAUUCAUGUCCCUCCUCCCAGGUGGGGCAGGGCACAGUGAGGGUAGAGUGGGCUCCGCACCAGGUGGAACUAGCCGAGCCGAGCUUGGAGAAGACCGGGGAGGCUGAGCGGGGCUAGGCCCUGUGUGGGCUUGGAGGCUGGGAGGGCUGGGGCUGUGCAGCGGGCCUGGGACCUCAGGGCCUGGCCGGGAGCCCAGCCCAUUUGCAUCUCGAGGUGGAGGAGAGAGAACUGUCAGCUCAUUCUUGACUGUAAACACAUCUCAGUUCCCACGGCUGCUGAUCGUUUUCUUGUGGCAGCCCCCACCCCCAACCCCUUCUCCUGUCCAACCCCCUGCCAGCUCCCCCACCCCGGUAACUGAGGCUGUUCAAAAGAAGACGCAGAGCCACGGGCUUCCCGGUCUGCGCUCAGGAAAGACUGGAAUCACUGGGAGGCCUCUGCCAGCAGCCUGGGUUGGGAUCCCAGCUCUGAUGCUACUGGCUGUGCAGCCUUUCUUACCCUCUCUGUGCCUGUUUCCUCAUCUCUAACGUGGGCUCUAACGCCUACCACGAUGGGUUGAUGCUCCAUAUCCUGAGCACCAGGAUCCCCCAGGACAUCCUCUGGCCCUCAGGCCCCAGGGCUCAGCACUGAGCUGCCACAGGCCCCACCUGUGAUGGGGAGCUCACCACCUGACGUAGCAGAUUCCAUUACUGAACUUCUCUGACUGUUGGAAAGUCCUUCCUCUGACUGAGCCCAGGUCUGCUUCCCUCAUAACUUCUCCUCACUGGUUCCAGUUUCACAGCGAGACCUCUGCAGCCGGGUCCUCAGGCUGCCGCCACCUCAGCGUCCCCCCACUGCUUGCUCUGCAUGUGGCCGGUGCAGGCCUCUACAAUGUCGCCACCUCUGCGUCCCCUCCUUCUCCUGGCCCUGGGCCUGGGGCUGGCUGGAACUCUCAACCCCAAGGAUCCCAAUGCCUGCAGCUUCUGGGAAAGCUUCACCACCACCACCAAGGAGUCCCACUCCCGCCCCUUCAGCCUCUUCCCCUCGGAGCCCUGCGACAGGCCCUGGGAGGGCCCCCAUGCCUGUCCCCAGCCCACGGUUGUCUACCGCACCGUGUACCACCAGGUGGUGAAGACGGACCACCGCCAGCGCUUGCAGUGCUGCCAGGGCUUCUACGAGAGCAGCGGGGCCUGCGUCCCGCUCUGUGCCCAGGAAUGUGUCCAUGGCCGCUGUGUGGCGCCCAAUCAGUGCCAGUGUGUGCCGGGCUGGCGGGGUGAUGACUGCUCCAGUGAGUGUGCCCCAGGAGUGUGGGGGCCACGGUGUGACAAGCCCUGCAGCUGCGGCAACAGCAGCUCCUGUGAUCCCAAGACUGGGGUAUGUUCUUGCCCCACUGGCCUGCAGCCCCCGCACUGCCUUCAGCCUUGCAGCCCUGGCCACUACGGCCCUGCCUGCAAGUUCAGCUGCCAGUGCCACGGGGCACCCUGCGAUCCCCAGACUGGAGCCUGCUUCUGCCCCCCAGAGAGAACUGGGCCCAGCAGCUGUGAUGUGUCCUGUUUCCAGGACACUGCUGGCUUCUUAUGCCCCAGCACCGAUCCUUGCCAAAACGGAGGUGUCUUCCAGGUCCCCCAGGGCCCCUGCAGCUGCCCACCUGGCUGGAUGGGCACCAUCUGCUCCCUGCCAUGCCCAGAGGGUUUCCAUGGGCCCAACUGCUCCCAGGAAUGUCGCUGCCACAACGGGGGCCUCUGCGAGCGAUUCACUGGGCAGUGCCGCUGCGCUCCGGGCUACACCGGGGAUCGGUGCCGCGAGGAGUGCCCAGUGGGCCGCUUCGGGCAGGACUGUGCUGAGACGUGCGACUGCGCCCCCGGCGCCCGCUGCUUCCCGGCCAACGGUGCGUGUCUGUGCGAACACGGCUUCACCGGGGACCGCUGCGCCGAGCGCCUCUGCCCUGACGGCCUCUACGGCCUUGGCUGCCAGGCGUCCUGCACCUGCGACCCGGAGCACAGCCUCAGCUGCCACCCGAUGAACGGGGAGUGCUCGUGCCUGCCGGGCUGGGCGGGCCUCCACUGCAACGAGAGCUGCCCGCAGGACACGCACGGGCCGGGGUGCCAGGAGCACUGUCUCUGCCUGCACGGCGGCGUCUGCCAGGCCGACAGCGGCCUCUGCCGGUGCGCGCCCGGCUACACGGGCCCUCACUGCGCUAGCCUCUGUCCCCCCGACACUUACGGUGUCAACUGUUCAGCUCGCUGCUCAUGCGAAAAUGCCAUCGCCUGCUCCCCCAUCGACGGCGCGUGCAUCUGCAAGGAAGGUUGGCAGCGUGGUAACUGCUCUGUGCCCUGCCCACCCGGAACCUGGGGCUUUGGUUGCAAUGCCAGCUGCCAGUGUGCCCAUGAGGCAGUCUGUAGCCCCCAAACUGGAGCCUGUACCUGCACCCCUGGGUGGCAUGGGGCCCACUGCCAGCUGCCCUGCCCGAAGGGGCAGUUUGGUGAAGGUUGUGCCAGUCGCUGUGACUGUGCCCAUGCUGAUGACUGCGACCCUGUUCAUGGACACUGCCAGUGCCAGGCUGGCUGGAUGGGUACCCGCUGCCACCUGCCCUGCCCUGAGGGCUCCUGGGGAGCCAACUGCAGCAAUACCUGCACCUGCAAGAAUGGGGGCACCUGCCUCCCUGAGACUGGCAAUUGUGUGUGUGCACCUGGAUUCCGAGGCCCCUCCUGCCAGAGACCUUGUCAGCCUGGCCGCUAUGGCAAACGCUGUGUGCCCUGCAAGUGUGCCAACCACUCCUCCUGCCACCCCUCGGAUGGGACCUGCUACUGCCUGGCUGGCUGGACAGGCCCUGACUGCUCCCAACCAUGCCCCCCAGGACACUGGGGAGCCAAGUGCGCCCAGACCUGCCAAUGUCACCAUGGCGGGACCUGCCACCCCCAGGAUGGGAGCUGUGUCUGCCCCCCAGGCUGGACUGGACACCGCUGCUUGGAAGUCUGCCCUCCAGGGGUGUUUGGUGCCAACUGCUCCCAGUCAUGCCAGUGUGGUCCUGGAGAAAGGUGCCACCCAGAGACCGGGGCCUGUGUGUGUCCCCCAGGGCACAGUGGUGCGCCUUGCAGGAUUGGAAGCCAGGAGUCCUUCACCAUGAUGCCUAGCUCUCCAGUGGCCUAUAACUCGCUGGGUGCAGUGAUUGGCAUUGCGGUACUGGGGUCCCUCGUGGUGGCCCUGGUGGCCCUGUUCAUUGGCUACCGUCAUUGGCAAAAAGGCAAGGAGCACCAACACCUGGCAGUGGCCUACAGCAGUGGGCGACUGGAUGGCUCUGAGUAUGUCAUGCCAGAUGUCCCUCCAAGCUACAGUCACUACUACUCCAACCCCAGCUACCACACCCUGUCACAGUGCUCCCCAAACCCCCCGCCCCCUAACAAGGUUCCAGGCAGUCAGCUCUUUGCCAGCCUCCAGGUCCCUGAGCGGCCGGGUGGAGCCCAUGGGCAUGAUAACCACGCCACCCUGCCUGCCGACUGGAAGCACCGCCGGGAGCCCCCCCUGGGGUCUCUGGACAGGGGUGGCAGCCGCCUGGACAGAAGCUACAGCUACAGCCACAGCAACAGUAAUGGCCCAGGCUCGUUCUACCACAAAGGACCUGUCUCUGAAGAGGGGCUGGGGGCCAGCGUGGCUUCCCUGAGCAGUGAGAACCCCUACGCCACCAUCCGGGAUCUGCCCGGCCUGCCAGGGGGCCCCCGGGAGAGCAGCUAUGUGGAGAUGAAAGGCCCUCCCUCGGGGUCUCCCCGCAGGCAGCGGGACAGCCAGAGGCGGUGGCAGUCGCAGCCCCAGAGAGACAGUGGCACCUACGAGCAGCCCAGCCCGCUGAUCCACGACCGAGACUCUGUGGGCUCGCAGUCCCCGCUGCCUCCGGGCCUGCCCCCUGGCCACUAUGACUCGCCCAAGAACAGCCACAUCCCUGGACACUAUGACCUGCCCCCAGUGCGGCACCCCCCAUCACCUCCACUUCGACGCCAGGACCGUUGAGGGGCCACGAUGGUGUGGCAGAGGCCAGCACACCUGGCCCUCGCUGCCUAAGCCUGGGGACAGAGCCUGGCGUGCCCUGCCAGGAGCAGGGAGCGGACCGGCAGGCCGUGAACACGGACACAUUUAACCGAGGAACUGACUGGAGAGGUGGGAGCCUGGCUCCCAGGUGUCAUCAUGGGAGAUACUCGUCAGCAGGGUGCCUGGUUCCCUUCUCCCAACCCGCUGCUCCCCAAGGGCUCCAGGGCCCUGUGUACAUAAACUGGCGGGUUGGACGUUGCUGGAUAACUCUGAUCUCAGAUUGAUUUCAAAAAUGUGUAUUGGGUACCUUUUCUGUGCAUGCCUGAGCUGAGAGCUGUGUGUGUGUGUGUGUGUGUGUGUGUGUGUGUGUGUAUGUGUGUGUGUGUGUGUGUGCGUGUCUGUGUGUGCAUGCGUGCGCUUUAAUUGCACUGGCCUCCAGGUCCUUCUGUCUGCCACGCUGCCUCCUACAGCAGGGACUUGCACGGCUAGAGUGCUUUUCCUCCCCCACCCACCUGUGGACGCUGGCUUGUCCUUCACAUCUCCUUGUCAGGGAGCGCCCUACCUGCGUACCUCUUUCAUAGUGCUCAUCGCAGCGCACCCACCAGGUACCUGCAGAAGGCCUACAGGGUGCCAGGCACCUCUGUAAUGUGUGUUACUUCUUUGUGUGAUUAUUUGGUUGCUCUCUGCUUCCCCCACUAGACUGUAAGCUCCCUGAAGGCAGGACUCCUAUGUUUAUGUCAAUAUUGGCUCCCUCUGGCACAUAGUAGGCACUCAAUAAACGCUCCCCAGAAGGCUAA